CUCACUCACUCAUUUUUAACUGCUCGCCCUUGAUUAGAUUAAAUGUUUGAUUAUAUAGGAACGUUGCAUUCCUUUAGCCGGGUGAGAAUUUCGGUCCGUUAAAUAUAAAAGUAUUUACACGAGUCGAGACCUAUAUCCAGUCAACCGCAGCCAUAAAAUAAGCCCGUCCACAUUUAUUCUUCUGUGAAUUUCCGAGAAGAAAUAAAAUAAUGAAGAAUUUUAGCGAAAUUCCCGUCGUGGAUUUAAAGUUCUGUGAUUCUAUAACUCCACCAACUGAUGAAGAUAUUUUGAGAAGCAUUUCCCAAGCGUUGGACGCCGGUCUGGUAUCUCAUGGCUGUGCUUAUUUAGCCAAUCAUGGUGUUCCGGAUGAAAUUUUUCAAAACGUUUUCGAAAAAUCCAGCCACUUUUUCCACCUCCCUGCCAGUGAGAAAAAUCUGUAUCAGAAAUCUGGCAAGAAGUUCGCCGACUAUGGCGGAUAUUACGUCUCAUCCCGACAGCAGGUCCGGGAACGAUAUGAUUUCAUGUUUCAGACUGAGAUCGUAAAAAAUAAGACGCCAGAAUUAAUUCAGCAUGCAUUCUCGCAGUACAGGAGCCAUUUAAACACAGUGGCAGGAUUUUUAUUUAAUCGAAUCGAAACCGCGUUGGACUUGGAGAAGGAUUCACUCCUCAAUGCGCACAGAGGGGCGUUGUUUCAGGACCCAGAUGUCGAAACUAGGGCACAUAUCAGUUCCCUUUUUUACGGGAAAUUGAACCCGGAUGAUGUGGAACAAGAGCCGGAAACUCUUAUCAUGGAUGAACACACGGAUUUCACGUCCAUCACGCUAAUUACUACGUCAGCUCCUGGCAUACAGGUGAAAGGAGAGUUUGAUGGAAAUUGGAUCAAUGUGAGUCCCAAAAGUGGAACAAUUUUCUUACACGUUGGAGACAUCCUGGAGCGUUGGAGUGGGGGACGGUACCCAGCAACUGUGCAUCGAGUAAAAUACUAUGAAAAUAUUUGUGGUAAUCGGCAAUCGAUUCCGUACUUUCUUCACCCAGACGUCCACGCAAAGGUGGAGCCUUUAAUUCCUAUCGCACCUGGAUGGGGAUCAUAUCCUGCGAUUACUGCGGGGGAUUAUUGGAUCUUAAAAAUGAGGGAGAAGCAAAUUAAACUAAAUAAUUAAGGCUUCAUUUAAAACUAUUUUAUUCUGUGAGAUUAAUAAUAAUUGAUUUAUUGCAUCAUA